UGAAACCUCUUGAACCAAUCUUGAACUUGACUCUUUCUUUCUCCGGAAUGACGAAAGAUUCAUGUCACUUUUCUAUGCGUUUUCUUUAAUCUCCUUGUUCUGGGUCAUCGUACACAUUGUCCACCGUCUUCGUAAACCACAAGCGGCUUUAUUGCCGACGUUGAACAACAUCCCUCGCGCCCGGAGCUGGGCGGAUAGUUCCACGAGUGUCAUAGUCAACAAGGUCCUAUUGAGGAUUCAAACAACUGCCUUCAACGCAAAACAUGACGAACUUGCGGGGAAGCUCAAAGAUCGGCGGUCGAGGUCUCUAAGAAAAUGGACGGCAGCGUUUUAUAGCAUUGGAGUUGGAGCAGGCAUAUGUGGCUUGGUCAUUGGUUUUGGUGGCCUCCUCUGGCUCACAGGAAACUCUCUUUUCUUCCAAGUGUUCUCGGACUCCGAGAUCCUACCUAGUCAUCGGAAACGGGACCUCAGUAGUCCUCAGCCCGAUGCGAGAACUUUUAUACAGCCAAUCAUACCUGGGGUGACAGUCCCUUGGGCACACCUACCUAUCAUAGUUAUCGCGGUUUGUCUUUGCCAAAUUGUACAUGAACUGGGACAUGCUAUAGCUGGGGCACUCUACUCUGUCCCUAUCACUUCCUUGGGAAUGUCUUUGACGCUCGUAAUACCCUCCGCAUUCGUAUCUUUCCCGACGGGGUUCCUAAGUUCAUUAGACGUGAUAUCAAGGGCACGAAUCAUUGCCGCAGGUCCUUGGCAUAAUCUUGUACUGUGGGUUUUCCUUGCAGUGCUCGGAAGAACGACCGACCUUGUAGAAAGGGCCACUGGUGUUGGAAAUAUAUUGGUUAGUCUUGGCUGGGAGGAUAUGUCAAAUGUAGGCAGAGUAGUUGUAGGUCUUGACGACGACUCACCUUUGAAUAGUGUGUUGAAGGUAGGCUCUGUGAUCACCGCGUUGGACGACACAUCCCUAGCGGACGAGGAAGACAGAUGGUCUCAGUAUCUCAUGCCUCAAAUUCCUUCCGACAUUCCAUGGUACGGCUGGUGUGUUUCUCGGGAAAUAAUGCAAACCAGUUCUUCCGACUGUUGCAGCGAAGUACAUCCCACCUUGGAUUACCUCUGCUUCGACUCGCUCGGAUACGGUAAAGGGUGCCUCAAUCCGAUACCCAUACUUUCCAUGACCAGAUAGCUCGGCGUCGAUACUAAGGCUCAGCGUUCAAGGGCAGGAUCUCAUUCUGUGGAACGGGCCAAGGAAAGAGAUCUGGGAACAGGUA